UCUCGUAAAAGAGUGUGAGAAAAAGAGCGGUCAGCUGUUACGACGCGAGGGCGAGACAGCGCGGCCAAACGGUCGUCACAGAGAAGAGGAUCGCCGAGAAGUAUACGCGGCUCGAACGAGACGAAUUAUCUCGCGUCAGAAAAAAAGGUUACGAGGGGCGGAUCGUCGGUGGUAAGGACCGUCCGCGUGAAAGUGAUGAAUAUCGGUGGAGAAACGAUGGCGUAAAGGCUUUGUCAACCCCGAGCCAAGACGUGCCGUGUGACGUGUGCCCGUGGCCCGUGCGUCAUUUUUUUCCGCUGCUUUUUUCAUCUCCACGCGACGCUUAUGAUUCGGCUGCUCCGAAGAAGUUGCGCGCGCGACCAACGGAACGCGUUUACAACGUAACGUCAGUGAAAACACGAUCCAGUGUGUGCUGUGUGCUAUCCAGUUGCUACGCGGUCCGAGUGGCGAAUAUACUCGCGAUAUUUCGGCUCGUCUUUGAUCGCCCCUCGUUCGUAUACGUGCCAACGUUAUUUGCCCGACCGUGAGAUCUCGUAUCCCGUGUGUCCCGUUUCGGUGACUACCCGUGCUCCGAAACCGCUACUUCCUCGCGUCCUCGCGUUGUUGUUUUGUUUGUUGUUGUUCGCGCGUAUUCGCGAGGUGGUGCCAAUACCUGGACAACGGCUUCUCGCUGGGAGAGAAUAUGGUUACGAUGAUCAGUGAUACGUGUGGAUAUGUUCUCUUUCUGCUGUUGCUGUUGCUGGUUCCUUACAUCGAGAGUGCUCGUCGAUUGAACGAAUACAUCCGCCAUUACGAACCUCUUUCGUAUCCCACCGAAGAGGUCCACCGAGGUCACCUGAGGGCCAAAAGGUCGGUUACCCGCGACAAUUCCGUGACUCUCAAGUUCCGUUCGCACGGAAGGGAUUUUCAUAUUCGACUGAAACGUGAUUUGGCCACAUUUAGCAAUAACCUAAUUAUCGAUGGCCCUUCCGGGCAGACGGAGGACCUCGACACGUCGCAUAUCUAUCAGGGCCACUUAGUUGGUGAACCUGGGAGUCACGUGUUCGGUAGCAUCAGUGACGGUGUUUUCCAUGGGAAAAUAAUUUCCCCGCGCAGUGGCGCGUGGUACGUGGAGAAGGCGCACUAUUACUUUCCACCUCACGAAAUAAAUAACACGUUACAUUCUGUGAUCUAUCACGAUAACGACGUCGGUGACCCCUACGCACAUCUUCGUAAAGGGGAAACCAGUGGCUGCGGGGUCACCGACGAUGUUGUGGAAUGGAUGGAACGAAUUCAAAAUUCUGGCGAACCGGAGCUUUCUCCUCCCGUAACCACGGAUGUCAGGAAACCGACACCAUCGGUGAAACCAUGGAAUGGCGAUCAGGAAACACCCGGUCACAAAUACUCUCGAGAAGCUAACGAACCUAGUCAUCGGAGAACGCGUAGGGCAACCAGACCGAAGGAGGAUAAUAAGAAUACCUGUUCCCUCUUCAUUCAAACUGAUCCCCUCAUAUGGAGACACAUAUCCGAACAGCUGCAUCACGAUGCUGAGAAGACACGGGAGGAGAUCUUGUCUCUCAUCGCCCACCACGUCACUGCAGUCAACUACAUAUACAGGGACACCAGGUUCGAUGGACGGAUCAAGCACAGAAAUAUUAAGUUCGAGGUGCAACGGAUUAAGAUCGACGACGAUACCGCCUGUACACCGCAGCAAACGUAUGGUGAACCGAAUCCGUUUUGCAUGGAGAAUAUCGACGUUAGCAACUUUUUAAAUUUGCACUCGCUUGGGAACCAUGAAGACUUCUGCCUCGCAUACGUGUUCACAUACAGAGAUUUCACUGGCGGUACUCUCGGACUUGCUUGGGUAGCCUCGGCUUCCGGUGCAUCCGGUGGUAUCUGUGAAAAAUACAAAACGUACACGGAAACAGUAGGAGGAAUGUAUCAAUCAACCAAGAGGUCUCUCAACACUGGAAUCAUUACUUUCGUUAAUUACAACAGCAGAGUACCACCGAAGGUGUCGCAGUUAACGUUGGCCCAUGAAAUCGGACAUAAUUUUGGAUCACCUCACGAUUUCCCGCCCGAAUGUAGACCCGGCGGUUUGCACGGGAAUUUUAUCAUGUUCGCAUCGGCAACCAGCGGAGACCGGCCAAAUAACAGCAAGUUCUCUAAAUGCAGCAUCGGCAAUAUCAGCAACGUGUUAGACGCCAUCGAGGAUAACAAGAAAAGAAAUUGCUUCACCGCGUCUGCUGGAGCGUUCUGCGGUAACAAGAUCGUCGAAGCUGGAGAGGAAUGCGAUUGCGGCUACGAUGACGACGAGUGCGUUGAUAAGUGCUGUUACCCGAGACAGGUAUCCGAAUUGGACAAAAUGAAGAACGAGACGGCUAAAGGUUGUACCAGGAAAUUCGGUACACAAUGCAGCCCCAGUCAAGGACCUUGUUGUUCGAGCGAAUCGUGCCAAUUCGUACCCCUCUCGAGGAAUGUUCAGUGUAAGGCGGAAUCGGAUUGUAGUUAUAACUCAACUUGUAACGGACGAUCCUCCGAGUGCCCUCCGCCAUUGCCGAGGGCCAACAAAACUAGGUGCAACGAGGGAACUCAGUUAUGUAUCAACGGCGAGUGUACGGGAUCAAUUUGUCUGGAGUGGAAUUUGACGGAAUGCUUUUUAACGAGUAACGUGAUCCCGAACAUCGAUAAACGUAAAUUGUGCGAAUUAGCCUGCCAAAAUGGUACCGAUCCAUCUACCUGUCGUAGUACCAGCGAAUUUGCUCACGUUGUUGGUUUACCUGACGGAGGAAUUAGUCUCCGACCUGGAUCGCCCUGUGAUAACUUUCAGGGAUACUGUGAUGUCUUUCUGAAGUGCCGAGCUGUAGAUGCUGAGGGACCGUUAGCGAGAUUGAAGAAUCUUUUAUUUAACAAAGAGACGUUGCUUACGGUAGCUCAAUGGGUGACUGAAUUCUGGUGGGCAGUAUUGCUCAUGGGUAUAGCGUUCAUCAUUUUCAUGGGACUGUUCAUCAAAUGCUGCGCUGUUCACACUCCUUCUAGUAAUCCUAAGAAACCCCCAGCGAGACGUAUUAGUGACACUCUGAGGAGACCGAUGAACACCUUGAGAAGAAUGCGACAUCCACACGGAGGAGGUGGUGCUGGACCCAGAAGUAUACCUCCGAGGCAAGGUCAAGGUGGCCACAACGGCACUCGAGGGCCAUCGCACGGUUAUGGAGAAGGUAGAGGUGCUCAGUAUUAUCCAAAAGGCUAUCGCUCGGUUCCCACAGCUAGUGCGCCACCCGGCAGCGGCACAGCAGCACCCAAUUAUGGCAGGUCCAACCAUCCCGAACUGUACGCCGGCGCCUAUUCGGGCUCCGGGGGAGGGGGGAGGUCCGCAGCCUACGAGAUGAGGCAUCACAAUAAGGUGUGACGAUCCUAGAGAACCGAUAAGGACGAGGAAUGGUCUGGACGUCGUACCAUAAAUUGUUCAAUGCCAAACUGUGAAAACGAGCCGAUCCAGAUGACGCAUCGUGAUGUCUCUCUCGUGAUCAAGACCGAGGAACGCAUCAACGUGGAUCGUGUGCAUUUGAAAGUAUCGACGAUCGCUGAUCCGAUGUUUUUAUUUUGAGAUGUAUGAUUCGCGCGACAGGGACCGGUUCGUAAUUGUAAAUUGGUGAAGUGUGUUAUUAUUGAUCAAUGGUGAUAUAUCGACUUCUCGUUUUGCGAAGCUGAAGAGGUCGGCGGAGGACGUCGUCGCGGACGACGAUUACGAAGGACAGCCGUUCGGGACGUGAUAGAUCGUGAACUAACAAAUCGUUAGGAGGUUAUAUUAUCGUACGAUUUUAUUGUAAUUCGUCUUUUUAAAUGUUUCCCGCAGAUUCCUCCGUGUGUUGCCAUCAAGUAUCCGCGUGUCGAUCAAAAAAAAACAUCACAUAGCAUUUUAAAUGGACUUCUCCCGGUCCAGCAAGAUUCUUUCACGUGUCGAUCGAACUUGCGGAGAUUUGUUUCUGUGAACAACGCUGGAUUCGCACAGCAAUGAAUUAUCACGAUAACAAUUGAACGCAGCGUAUUUUUGUCGUUCGAUAUAAGAGCAUUUAUGGCCAAUGUUGCGUAGUAGCGUUUAUGCCUCGAUUUCUUGGUGAAGUCGAAUACUCGUGUACUUCGCUCUGGAUUGUUGACUUUACGAUGAAAUUGGUCGUUAGAAGAGAAAGGGAAGUCCAAGGGGAGAGCGGAGAUGACAAUAUAUAUUUGGAAUAAGUGUUAGGAUGAUAAACGUAAUUUUUGAAAUGCUCCCACUGAACGUACCUUUGUGUCUUUUAACUUUUACGUAUGAUCUUUGUAUACGGUGGCGGCCAUAUAUGACUAACGAAAUUACUUAAAUAUGUCAUGUACUGAAUUUUAGGUUAUGUUAGCAGAAGACAUUUUAUAAAAAACUACGAAGUUGUAAAAAGAAACCCAAGUUCUUUGAGAUAUUUUUCAAGACAUACUGUAUCUUAACAAAUUUGAAACAUUAAACACAAAUUAUUAGUGUUUUAUUCAAAGUUUAGAAUGUACAGGUAAAUGUCUUUGAUAUUAUUUUAAUAUUUUGUGUAUGAGUGCUUAAGUCGCAUGAUAAUUUAUAACAUUUUAUUUUAUGAAUUAAUGACAUUCAUUGUCAGACCACAUUUUUCCUUUCUUUAAGGUAAAUUAAGCUUAUCUGAAGAUUGCCAAAUUGGAGUUAACUUUCUGUUAAUCAUUUUAACAAAACAUUGUUCGGAUAAACAAUUGGACAUAAAUAUGUGACCACCACUGUAUUUAAUUACGAAUGAUUUUAAACGACAGAUUUUUUAAACUACUUCCAUACGAAUAUUUUAAUUAAGAGUUAGUGAGUUUUAUUCUAAUGAUAACAAAUGCCAAAAUGUUUGAUACAAUUUUUUUAGCGAUACACGUAAGCUAUACUGAACGUAUGUUGAGAUCUUUUUAUUUUCCAUUAUACCACUUUCUAGAGCGAAGCACGCACACCAUUACCAAACUAUUGCAGGUCAUUCACUUGAUCUCUACCAUUAUAGCAUAAUAAUUAACGAUAUUCUUAUACUAAUUUUUAUUAGCCAAUUUAAACGAGCAGAGCUAUGAGAGACUAUGAAUACGGAAGAAAAAGUAAUAACACGAUAAAAAUUUCUUCUUCAUUUUUUUAUAGCGAUAUUCUAUUAACGAUUAUUUCGACGAGAAUUAUAAUCGAUUAAUAUUGAUUCUAUUAUAAUUAUGCUUAU